CUUCCUUAAGAACUAACAUGACAUGCACAUUGUGAUAACAGGACACUGUUUUUACUUUGACACCUACCCACGGCAACAUCAUCCAAAUGAACAACAAAGGAAAAUCAGCUGAGGUGGAGGAAGUAUGCGCAGGAUUCCUGUACAAGUCCCCUCCUCCUGGCCUCACAAGAAUUAUGAAAUCAUGGAAGCACCGCUUCUUUGUGCUUGCAAAGACAAGUGACGGCACCCAUGAGUUAAGAUACUACAAGACUAUUGACAGAGACAGACCAAUAAAAUCCAUAGAGGUUUCCACCAUCACAUUACUGUACACUCGGCCUGAAGUCCAUCCAGCUUUUGAAUGGAUCUGUAAAAGCUUCAAGUGUUCUCCAGCCUCUGUGCUGUUCAUGAAGGUAGACGAUCCAGCAGACAAGAGCCAGAGAGAAUAUAUCUUCAUUGGAGAAAACAGUGAGGAGAUUGAUAGAUGGUUCAAUGCUUUAUUUGGGGCACUGAAGCAUACCAAAACUGUGACAGAAUCCCAAUUGACUAAGCAAAAUUUCAGUGACACUGAACAGGUAACUCAUAAACAUCCUGUCCAUAAAAGUAAAGAUGAUUAUAGGCCCCCACUGCCACCAAGGAGGGUGUCAGCACCCUCAGAUAUUAGCACUCCAUCUGCAUUAGAGGGAAAGCAGGACAUGCUGAUGGAUGAGAGUGCAGGGGAAAGCGGUGGGGACUUCAAGAUGUCAUCAGGGGAGAGUGAGGUCGGAACUUCUGAAGACAGUCUGUUGGAUUGCGUCACACAAGCUUUUAAAAUUCUACAGACACCAGAGGUGCAAAAAACAGAUGGACUAAGAAUGAAUAAAGAACAUGCAAGGAAAUCAUCCCUCCACUUCAAUGGAAAAUGUGCCUCCGCCAAGUUGAAUGGGACAGCUCCAGACAAGAGUGACACGCACACCGCUGUUGAGAAAGAGAUCUGUGUACGUCAUGACGAUCUGAACAGCUUGAUCUUUACAGAGGAAUCAGGCAAACCAUGUGUGUCUGAGUGUAGGCAGAUUGAGGUCUUGUGUCCAUUACAUAAGGGUGAUCAGAUCUUGGCUGUCAAUGACCUGUUAACAGACUCCGUGGAGGAGAUACACACAUACCUAAGAAGGCUUAACAAGGAUCAGGUAAAACUGACCAUUCGACGGUUCCCGGGUUCUAUUCCUUUGUGCUCUGAAUCCUGUCCAUCAAACUGAGGACACGGACAACAUGGAAAUGUUUUUACAAUGGCUGGAACCAUGAGCACUUCUUGUCACUCUGGAUAAGAGCAUCAACUAAAUGCCUUAAAAUGUUAAAUGUAAAUGAUCAGGAUUGAAUUAAUCAUCUCUAUUCUUCCAGUCAACAAAUACUUUCUUUUAUUAGUCCAUUAUUCUUCAUUUCUCAUGAAAUCAAUGUGAGUUUCUCUCAUGUGUAUUUUAUUCCCCAAAUAGCACUGUUGUGGAGAUCAGCAGACAAGCAGUUAGAAUGAGAUUAUGAAAAGGUGCUGGGAUGAUUGUAUUUUAACUUCUACUCUAUCUUGUGGUGAUUCCUGAAAACUGCAGUGUACUACACUCAUGAAACUGCACUUUUUAUUAGAGGCUUAAAACAAGAUGAUCUUACAUGGUCAAAGGAACUACCGGUAACUGGUUGUCAUUAAGUAUCUCUUCUUUUGCGGUGUACAUUAAGUAGCUAAGAAUUAGAGAGCUUGACAUGCUAUUUUUAAAACCAAUUUGGGUGUUUACUACAUCUUUACUACCAGUACAACUAGCAUGUAAAGCAUAUAUCAGAGAAAUCAAAUUCUUAAGAGGAUACACUGUGAAGUCCUAUUAUUAUGUGAAAAUAGGCCCAAGAUGAAAUGCAAUUUGUACUGUAUGGUAUAAAAUGACAUGGAAGUUAGGAAAUAAAUAGACAAAUGUACAAUUUAUGAAAGAAAAAAAAUGAAAUGUUAGUUUUAAAAAAUUUAAUAAAAAAAUAAAAAAAACUAAAUGUUGAAAUAACAUUACUGAUCUAUUUCCAAGUAUUUUUACUACUGUUUUUGUGUACUAACACUACUGUAUUUUGUUCAACAAUAUUAUAUUGAACUCUCUGACAGUUCAGCUGUUGUGUACUUAGCCAUGGCAUUUAAUUGCAGUAUAUUCUGUAAGCACAAGGUGGCGCACUGACACAAAGGCUGAUCUUUUUUUUUUUUUAUUGGUCUCAAAUACUGAUUACUGCCAUUCAGCAUAACAGAUUAUCAGAUAUUUUAUUAAAUGGGUCUUGCAAGCAAUAUGUUCUUUUUUUAUAUAAACUGAUUGUUGUGAUGUAUUAUAAUUUUCUUUUUUACUUGAUAUCUAUACAAAAUGUAACUUGUCUUGCAAUAAAAUUGCACUAA